GUCGGGGGCGCGCGGGGGCCGGCACGAGGCGGGGCCACGUGACAGCCCCAGCUCAGCGGCCACUUCCGCCCCGCGCAGCCUCCGGCGUCGCCUCCGGGCCGUGGCUGAGGCCUGGUCCCGCAGCGCUCGCCAUGUCGCAUUACUGCAGGCGCAAGUACAACAGCGGCGACCUGGUGUUCGCCAAGUUAAAGGGCUACGCCCACUGGCCGGCCCGGAUAGAGCAGAUGGCCGAACCUAACCGGUACCAGGUGUUCUUCUUCGGGACCCACGAGACGGCCUUCCUGGGCCCCAAGUACCUCUUCCCGUACGAGGAGUGCAAGGAGAAGUUCGGCAAGCCCAACAAGAGGCGCGGCUUCAGCGAGGGCCUGUGGGAGAUCGAGAACAACCCCACGGUCCAGGCGGCCCACCGCGAGUUCGCCCAGGAGAAGCGCGGCGUGGACGGGCCCAAGCGGGAGCCCAAGGCCGCCGAGGGCGACGCGGACAAGCAGGGCGACGCCGAGGGCGGCGGCGACGGGCCCGGGAAGCUGGUCGUCGAGGAGCCCGCCGAGGAGGAGCACGGCGAGGAGAAGGGGCCGCUGAAGAGGAGCGCGGGGGACCUGCUGGAGGACGCCGCCAAACGGCCCAAGGAGGCUGCGCCCGAAGAGGAGACGACGGCGGCGGCGGCGGCCAGCGAGGGCCAGAAGCCUCCCGGCCUGGAGGUGGAGCACGACGGCGCCGCGCCCGAGCCCGGCCGCGCCUGGGGGCCGCCGCAGGAGGAUCAGCGAGAGGUAGACGCCGCCGCAGAGAGGGUGGCCGAGGCCCCGGGCGGCGGAGAUCGCGACAGCCUGUAGUCAGCAGUGUUUCAAGAAGAGCCCCCCGCCCCGUUCCUGCUGCGGCCUGGCUGUUACUGGGGAAUCUGGCCACGGCCUGCAAACUGGGACUGCCUUCCCCUCCCCCUCCCGCCCGCCGUCCCUCCUCCGCUCGUUCUCCCUGUCCAGCCCCGCCCUUGGUGCUUGACCCUGACCGGGCAGGCCACUGGCUCUCACCUCUGUGCCCCCACGCCCCUGUGAUCUGGGUCAGGGCCUCUGCUCCUCGGGAUGAAAAGAGGCCACCGUGCCCCUCCCUGCCUGGAACUGUUUCCCUGGGCUUCUGUUGGGGCCUAGAAAGGCUGUUUUCACCUCCUGGCACUCCUCCUUCCCUCCCUCAGGCAUUCUGGACCUCCCGUGGGAAUUGGGUAGGAGUGGAUGGAUGGAGGAUAAAGCGCAGGGGGGCACUUCCAGGGCCUGGGAGGGGCAAUCUUCAAACGGGGGCGGCGGGGGUGGGGGCGCGGGGAGGAAGGUGACAUCUUUCCGAGCUCCUGUCUCCUCCUCCCGUGACUAUUAUACCAGCUUCAUACGUUCAGGGAAAGUGGGACAGCUUGUGGGGAAGGGCCUCCCUUCCAUAAAGCCUUUGGCCGAUCCAGGGAGUUCUGGGAGUAGUCGUUUUUUCAUCAGAACAUUGGGGCUUCCAAGUUGUUUGUGAGAUCUGAGGCCUUGACGUUGCCCAGAAUGCUGGGUGGAGAUGGUGAGAAAUAUCCGUGCCUAUUUAGAUCUCUGGGGCCACUGAUGGGAUGCCCUAGGGAGAUCCCUGGCUGCCCCUUCGCCUCUCCCCACAGCCUCAAGGCCAGUCUACCAUCAUAUACAUCACUCAGACAUGGAAAAAGAGACAUGUAUUUUAGAAAAUCCUUUUAAUAAAAAGAAAUUCCAAAGAAAAUUAAGAACUACCCCUGGGUGUGCCUCUACACUGCCCCUAGCUCUCCCAUUGCUAUCCCCAUUUCUGAGAUGAUCUGGAAGGCUUCUUUUCUGUUUGGGGUCUGAUGACUUUGUAGUUAGGGCUUUGGUGUUCCUUGCAGUGUCAUUUUCCAUCUGCGAAUUCCCACCCGGUCCCAGAAAUGUUAUCACUAGAUUCCGUAUGUAAACUACUGAGAGGACAGAGGAACAUGUAUACCCUCCUACCCUCUUCCCAUUGGUCCCUAUGCCUUCCUCCAUCUUGUCUCUCACCCCCACCCCCUCCCUUGGGCUCUGAUGAAAAUUUGUUGGCUGUAGCUUCAGAAGUUUAGAUCUGAGAACCAUUGAAUAUUUCAGUUCUAGGAAAUAAAACACAUUAAUUACUUUAAAACAAAUUUCAGUCCUGUUCCUUUGGUUUCUGAAGAAUUGGUUCUUAUAUAUAAUGCUCCUCUUGUUUUCUAUACAUUCUAUGUUACAAGCAAUUAUUUGUGAGAUAUAAGGAUAAUUUAGAAUCACCAGGAGAAACCUUUGUUACCUUAAGGUCUCUACCCUUCACUCCAUCUGUGAUUGUCACUACCACUGAUUGGUAUGAAUGGAAACAAGUUAACUUAAAAUGUUUGGAUGAUGACAAACUGGGCCAAUAACUGAGUUUCUAAUACUCUAUGUGCUUUGCCAAACUGAUUUGGAGAAGAAUAAAGGUGAGAGGAUUGG